AUGGAAUUGUUUGUAAACAAAACCAGCUGGUCAUUAAAUUGCGAAUUAUGAGUUUUUGCAAAAAAUAUUUAUUUAACAAUAAAUUAGCGCCUCGUAAUCUAAAUUUUUUUCAAAGAUUUCUCAAAAUGACUUGGAGGGCAGUAGGUGUGAAUAAUGCCGAUCUUAUAGAGAAAUUAAAAGAAUGUGGAAUUGUUGCCACUGAAAGUGUAGCUGCUGCCAUGACCGCUACAGAUCGUAAAUAUUAUGCACCUAGUAAUCCUUAUAUGGAUGCACCGCAAGGUAUAGGUUAUGGUGUAACUAUUAGUGCACCACAUAUGCACGCCUUUGCUUUGGAAUAUUUAAGGGAUCAUUUGAAACCCGGUUGUCAUGUUUUAGAUGUUGGUUCGGGUUCUGGUUAUUUAACAGCAUGUUUCUAUCGCUACAUGCAGGCUCAGGGCGAAAAUAGUAACACUAAAGUAGUGGGUAUAGAACAUCAACCACAAUUAUUUAUUUUUAGCAGAAAAAAUCUGAAUAAUGAUGACGCCCAAAUGCUCAAAUCAGAAAAACUCAUUAUAGUAGAGGGUGAUGGAAGAAAAGGCUUUCCAGAAUAUGCUCCUUAUAAUGCUAUACAUGUAGGUGCUGCGGCUCCAGAAAAGCCAUCAAUUUUAAUACAACAAUUGGCUAAAGGUGGACGUUUAAUUGUACCUGUUGGCCCAGAGCUUGGACAACAAUAUAUGAUGCAGUACGAUAAAGAUAAGGAUGGCAGGGUGAGUGAGACGCGUUUGGUGGGCGUAAUGUAUGUUCCUUUAACAGAUUUGAGACGUAAUUAAACUAUAUACAUAAAUAUAUUUCUAUACAAAUUAUUAUUUGUGAAUUAAAAAAAAAUAAUAAAUAUUUAUUGAAUAAAUACUAAAAGU